CGGAGCCGGAGGGUGGAUAUUCGCCGCCGCCUCAGCACAGCCUAUCCACCCUUCCCUCCUCGUGCGCCGCUCGCGUGCGCCUCGCGCCGCCGCCGCGUCAUCCCGGCCGCGAUGGCCCUGCGCUCCCCGGAGCUGCGUUGGCUCGGUGCGCUCACCCGGGCCGGCCGCAUCGCGCCCUCCCCGCUCGCGGCGCUCGCCUCCCCGCGCCGCCGGCGCCGCCGCGCACCGUCCCCGUCCCCGUCACCCUCGCCCUCGGACUCCACUCCCUCCACCGCCCCCGCCUCCCCCGGCGGUGCGGGGACGGAGGGGUUGGAGGGACCGGAGUGGAAGAAGGUAAGCGCCAAGCGGUACGGGAUCAAGGAGUCCAUGAUCCCCGACGAGGCGUGGAACGUCCUCCACCGUCUCCGCAGCAGAGGAUACAAUGUGUACCUGGUUGGUGGUUGUGUUCGAGAUCUCAUAAUGAAGAAGACACCGAAAGAUUUUGACAUCAUAACAACAGCUGAUCUUAGGCAGGUGAAGGACACAUUCUCAGGAUCAGCUGUGAUAGUUGGAAGGCGUUUCCCCAUAUGUCACGUGCACGAGAACAAUUCCAUCAUCGAGGUGUCAAGUUUUAAUACUUGCGCAAGGGGGUCACAUGGUAGUCAGAUUUACAGUUCAAAGAGCCAAAAUUGUAGCAAGAAUGAUUAUGUUCGCUGGAAAAACUGCCAAGGGAGGGACUUCACAAUAAAUGGGUUGAUGUUCAACCCAUAUUCAGAAAAGAUCUAUGACUACUUGGGAGGCAUUGAAGAUAUUAAGAAAGCUAAGGUUCGUACUGUAAUUCCUGCUGGCACUUCGUUCCAGGAGGACUGUGCCCGUAUUCUACGUGCAAUCAGAAUUGCAGCUCGUUUAGGGUUUAGCUUUCCCAAAGAAACAGCUUAUUAUGUGAGAACACUUGCCUGCUCUGUGGCAAGACUUGACAAGGGAAGAAUACUCAUGGAGGUUAACUAUAUGCUUGCUUAUGGUUCAGCUGAAGCUUCUCUAAGGUUGCUUUGGAGAUUCGGUCUUCUUGAAUAUUUGUUGCCCUUUCAGGCCGCAUAUUUCUCUUCAACUCGUUUUAAGAGGAAGGAUAAAGGGACUAACCUGCUACUCGUGUUAUUUUCUAAGCUGGAUAGUUUUCUUGCACCUAACAUGCCAUGCCAUAAUAGUCUAUGGAUAAGCAUUUUAGCCUUCCAUGAAGCGUUGGCACGCCAACCACAUGAUCCUUUGGUGGUGGCUACUUUUGCACUAGCCUUCUACCUGGGAGGUGAUAUGUCGUUGGCAGUGGAUAUCGGAAAAUCAAUCAACCGCCAACAUGAUGCUAGUUUUCGAGAGCUCUUAGAACCCCGUGUCUGGGAUGAUAAGCAUUUGGUAGCUGAGGUACAAGUCUUUGCUGCCUUGGUGAAGCGGGUAUUAACUGAAAUGACUGACGAAUAUUAUGUCGCAAAUGCUAUGGCAAAAAUUCCUCAAGCACCAUCCUCAGAUCUUGUAUUUAUACCGCUACAAGCCUACAUGAAGGUUCUCAAAUUCAUUGAGUGUGUUCAAUAUGGAAAAAAGGAGCGCGGCUACGAACCAAAAAGUGAUGGGAAUAUUAAUUAUCAUAACCUGUCUUACGGUACACAUGCAGAAGUGAGAAAUCUAUUUACACUGGUCGUUUUUGACACGUUAUACCCCUCAAACAUGGAGAAUCAACAUAACGGCAGCUCUUGAAGAUAAAUCUUUGCGGCAUGAUUAGUGAUGAACAAUUCAGAGCUUACAAGGAACCUGGUGCUUUGCCAGAUCAUUGUAGAUCACCAGGGCCAGAACUUGAGCUGCUGUAUCAAAGAGCAUCGGAUGUUAUUGCUAGGUCUGACGCCGUUGGUAUGAUCUCAUCUUGCAGCUACGAAUUUGUCAUCAGCGUAUGACAUGCUCAUCACUGCAGCAUGGCAAGAGCUCGAGCAUUCUGGGUGGAAUUGAUAGUGUUAUUAAUAAACAAAUCGUAGGGAUUAACAUUGUUUGUAACUGUUGGAAAUGCUGUUAAAAUCUGAAAAUUAUAAUGUUGAAUAUUUUUUUAGAGCCUUGCCCUGCGUAUGAUUC